UUUUAGUAGCCGAUCAGCUUGCUAGUAGUUUAGUAGUAGUUUAAGUUGGUUUGGCCAGACGUUAAAGAAUCGUGUUUUAGAGAUAAUGGACAAGGACAAGGACAAAGAGGAGGCGCUCGCUAGGUUAAAGACUAGGUUAAUGUUUACCAUCAAGAGACGUAAAGAAGUGAUAAAUAAUUCUAUCCUGGAAAGACGCACAGCGAUCCAUAAACAAAUCAGACAUCGAAGGUAUCUCUACCACAAAUACGAGCGGAUGCAAAUGAUGGCUCCACUUUCACUCUCCCACGUCUCCUCGUCGCACAGCCCAUGCAGUGAGCUCUCCAACAACUCCAGCAACGCCGACUGGUGGGAGAGAGUGGUCCUGGCCGAGUUUGGGCCUCAGGAGUGGCUCCAGAGGUUCCAUGUGAGCAAAGACACCUUCUACCUGCUCUGCAACACGCUCAAGCCCCAGUUCCCCCAGACGAGCCUCCUCACCAGCUCCAGCAAGCUCACGCUGCCGCUGGAGAAGCGCGUGGCCGUGGCCCUGAUCCGCCUGGCCACCAACAUGGACUACAGCCUGCUGGCCGAGCUGUUUGGCGAGAGCAUCUCCACCCUGAGCCAGUGCGUGCGCGAGGUGUGCGAUGCCAUCAUUAUGCUCCUCAAGCCGCUCUACAUGCACCACCCGGGCGUGCAGGAGCUGGCCGAGAACGCCCGCGCCUUCCACAUGAAGUGGGGCUUCCCGCACUGCGUGGGCGUCAUCGACACGCUGCACAUCCCCGUGCGAUCCCCGCCUGCGCACGCGCGCGACUGCUGGAGCCGCACCACGAGGGCCGGGGGCCACGCGGUGGUCAUGCAGGGUGUGGUCAACGCGCAGGGCUGCUUCUGGGACGUGUGCGUGGGCUUCCCCGGGGGAACCGAGGACUCCACCAUCCUGCAGAGCUCGGAGCUGUGGAUCAUGGCGCGCGACGGGGGUCUCUCCCCGCAGCCACCCCUGCUGCUCAUGGGCCAGCCCGUGGGCUACCUGCUGCUGGGCGACGAGGGCUACCCGCUGCACAACUGGCUGGUCAAGAAUUACCCUGUGGCCUCGCCGCCUCAGCAGCUCACGCCCCCGCAGCUCCACUACAACGCGCGCCUGGACAGCUGCCGGGCCGUGGUGGAGCACGCCUUCCGGAGGCUGCGGGCGCGCUGGCAGUGCACGCACCGGCGCAGCGAGACGCACCUGGAGCUGGUGCCCAUGAUGGCUCUGGCCUGCUGCGUCCUGCACAACGUGUGCGAGAUGCACGGCGACCCCUUCCGCGAUGAGUGGCUGGACGAGGUGCGGCACCCCGAGUGCCCCCAGCCCUCGGCCCCCUCGCCUGCCUACAUGGACGACCCGAAUGCGGAGCAGGUGCGCUCGCUGCUCUGCAGCUACUUCCAGAUGCAGCAGCAGGGCAAGGUGCCCAUGGAGCCCGACCCACUAGCUGUCGGGGUGCCAUUCCCACAUCCGUAUGGAGGGUUGCUGAACAUGCAGUAGUAGUAGUCUCAGACUGUGGGGCAGUGGACAGUGGACAGAAACUUCUAAGGGCCUCUGUUGAGAGCUUGUUGUAGCCUUAUGGAGACAUUGAUAUAAGGGGAAAUCAACUACAGGCUGUCCAUAAUUUUUUUUCCCUUUGCAAGGACUUUAUACGUCAUAAAAUGAAAAUAUGUAGACCACAUAUUUGCAUAUGUUUCAUGUUUAAUGUUUCUGCCUUGUCAGUUCAGAUUAUGAUCUGUACAUUUGGUUUGUGGAAUAUAAAUAUCUGU